AUGAAUUUUCUGGACUUGGAGAAGCAGCCAAUGACACACUCGCAUGAGCAGUUAUACAACUCGCACUAUACUGCGAUUUGUGGCGCUGUCCUCAUGCUCUGGGUCCCACUCUUCAUUUGGGGCAAGCAGAUUCGCGAGAAGUCUAUUAGCUGGCGGGUUAUGCGGUGGGCGCAGUGGGAUACCGACCGAGAGGUUGGCGAGUAA